CAGCCCUGAGCCAUGACGCUGCUCACCCAUCUCCUCGCCUGCACCUUUGGCACGGGCUCCUGGGUGGCCAUCAAUGGGCUGUGGGUCGAGCUGCCGCUGCUGGUGACGGUGCUGCCGGAGCAGUGGGACCUGCCCUCCUACAUCACCAUCAUCAUCCAGAUGGCCAACGUGGGGCCGCUCUUCGUCACCCUCAUGCACCGUUUUCGGCCCGGCUUGCUGAAGGAGGUGGCUGUUAUCUAUGUGGUCGUGUCCGUGGGUGUCGUGGCCUGCUUGCUGCUGGCCUUCCUCUGGAACUACACGUCCCCCAUCGCCGGGAGGCCCCACAGCACCGCCUUCCUGAUCCUCACCUUCUUCCUGGCCCUGGUGGACUGCACCUCCUCCGUCACCUUCCUGCCCUUCAUGAUGCAGCUGCAGCCCCAGUACCUGACCACCUUCUUCAUCGGCGAAGGGCUCAGCGGGCUGAUCCCCGCUCUCAUCGCCCUGGGCCAGGGCUCUGGCAUCUCCAGCUGCACCAACAUCACCCACGUGGUCAACUUCACCACCGGCAACGAGACCGUGGAGAGCACCGUCUUCCAGCUGGAAACCCGCUACCUCCCAGCCAACUUCUCCACCCACCUCUUCUUCCUUCUCAUGACUGUAAUGAUGCUGGCCUGCUUGCUGGCCUUCUUCUUCCUUGCCAGGCAGCCCAAGGUGUGGGAGCUCUCCCAGCAGCAGCUGUUUCCCAGCAGCAUCAUGCUGAGCUCAUUUGACCAGAUCCCCAAUGAGGGAGCUGGCUCGCGGCUGAGCGGAGGCUGCCCAUGCCCGAAGGAUGCCAAGGGGCCCAGGAACAUCCUGCCGCAGAAGGUCUCCUACCCCCUGGCCAAACUCACCUUCAUCUACCUCCUCAUCGCUUGGGUGAGCGCUCUGACGAAUGGGGUCCUGCCAUCCGUGCAGUCCUACUCCUGCCUGCCCUACGGCAACACCGCCUACCACCUCGCGGCCACGCUCAGCUCCAUGGCCAACCCCCUCGCCUGCAUCGUGGCCAUGGUCCUGCCUGGCAGGUCCCUGGCCCUGCUGGGCACCCUCACCAUGGCGGGGACAGGCUUUGGCGCCUACAACAUGGCCAUCGCGGUGAUGAGUCCCUGCCCUCUCCUCCAGCAGUCCCAGUGGGGCGAUGCCACCAUCGUCCUCUCCUGGGUGCUCUUCACCGGGACGCUUUCCUACGUGAAGGUGAUGGCCGGGGUGAUCCUGCGGAGCCGCAGCCGCAGCGCGCUGGUGUGGUACGGGGCAGUAGAGCAGCUGGGCUCCCUCCUCGGGGCCCUGCUCAUGUUCCCCCUCGUGAAUGUCUACGGCUUCUUCAAAUCCGCCGACUACUGCAGCCUGCAGUGCCCGGCAUGA